ACACCAUGAGACGUUGUUGCUUAUAUUUUAUUGGCCAACGCGUUCAUACACGUGUAAUAAUCAAAGCCUCAUUGAUGGACCCAUCACGUCGCCUAAUCUUCCACAUAUAUAUCUUAAGAUUGUGUUUGGGUUAUUUCCUUAUUUCGGGCCGGUGAGUGACUGAUUUCCAUUUAGUUUAUAUCGAUCUUUCGUUUCCCUAGCCAGUUCAUCUUCACUUUCCUUAACAUCUAAAAGCAGUUCCAAGAGAAUAACAAUGGUAAAAGACACUGCAUAUUAUGACGUACUGGGUGUCAACGUUGAUGCAUCCGCAGCUGAAAUCAAGAAGGCUUAUUACCUCAAAGCAAGGCUCGUUCACCCUGAUAAAAAUCCUGGAGAUCCAAAAGCUGCUGAAAAUUUUCAGGCACUUGGUGAGGCUUAUCAAGUUCUAAGUGAUCCUGAAAAGCGUGAAGCAUACGACAAACAUGGAAAGGCAGGAGUACAACCGGACUCCAUGUUGGAUCCUUCAGCUGUGUUUGGGAUGCUUUUUGGGAGUGAAUUCUUUGAAGAAUACGUUGGCCAACUAGCACUGGCUUCUUUGGCAACCGUUGAAACUGAAAUUGAUGAUGAUUCACUUGAUAAGGAUGCUCGAAUGCAGAAACUUCAGGAAAAGAUGAAAACAGUUCAGAAAGAAAGGGAAGAAAAGCUCAUCACAUUACUAAAAAAUCGCCUUGAGCCAUUUGUUGAAGGUCAAACUGAUGAAUUCAUUAAUUGGGCAAAUUCAGAAGCACGGCGACUUUCAAAAGCUGAUUUUGGUGAGGCUAUGCUACAUACUAUUGGAUACAUUUACACGAGGAAAGCUGCGAAGGAACUUGGAAAAGACAAGCAUUACAUGAAGGUACCAUUCUUAGCAGAAUGGGUCCGUGAUAAAGGGCACCGUAUAAAAUCACAAGUAAUGGCAGCUUCAGGUGCUGUAAGUUUAAUUCAAAUACAAGAAGAUCUGAAGAAAGCGAACCAAGGAGAGAACAGAGAAGAGAAUAUAAUGAAAACCCUUGAAGAUAAAAAGGAUGCCAUGCUUCAAUCGCUUUGGCAGAUCAAUGUGGUUGAUAUUGAGUCCACUUUAUCUCACGUCUGCUUAGCGGUACUUAAAGACCCCAGUGUAUCCAAGGAAGUUCUUGUUUUACGGGCAAAAGCAUUGAAGAAACUUGGAGCAAUAUUUCAAGGAGCUAAAGCUGCUCACAGUAGAGAGAACAGCCUGCGCCGUGAAAACGACAAAGCGAUAAAAGGUGGCUCUUCUUCUUCAUAAUACUCAUCUUUGAUACUCCAGCUGUUUGCUUCGUUGUCAAUGUAUGUUGUGUUUGUAGUAGGAAUCUGUGUAUUCAUCACUGCAUUAUUAAUACAAUGUUGCAUUUUGCCGAUUAGUGAUUGUAACCUACAGUUCAGAAGCUUGUCAAAAGCAGCCUGAGGAGGCAAAGUUACUAUGACCCUAAACCUAAUCUACAUAAAUUUGUAACUUUUUUUAUUUCUUUUUUUGCUAAAUAAUAAACUUGUAACUUACUGUUUUCAUGCUAUAAAAUUGCUCACUCAGAUUUUUUAA